GUUAAGUCCACGACUAGACAAACAUUUCUAAACUUAUAUUACGUAAACCAUAAUCACAGAUUGAUUACCAUAAUUUGAUUUCUUACAAACGGGAUUUUCUUUGUAUUAUCUCCCCAAAUCCUGUAGCUGUGAAUAGAAACACGAUGCAUUAUGUUAAUCUAUGUGAACGCAUUAAUACGAGAUGUAAAAUCAUUCAGUAUGUGUUCAACCCCCAAUUCUCCCCCUGCAACGUCACACAACAGCUAAACUAUAAAACACCAGAGCCCAACCCACCCUCAUAUCCUCUUUUCCGUCUGUUUUCUGUGCUCAGUGGAUGUCAGAGAGUUAAAGGAGCAUAUUGGAUAUCGCCAUCUAGUUCUGCAGUUACUUCACUUUGUAUUUUUCAAAAACACGCAUCGAUCAGGACAGUUUUUUUUAUUUGGCAUCUGGAAAUUUUUCAGCUGGAUGCCCCGACAUUCGUAAAUCUCAAAAGCGACAUAAAGUGCAUCAGUACCACAGCAUCAUGACCAGGAAGGUGUUCACCAACACUCGCGAGCGCUGGCGCCAACACAACGUCAACACAGCCUUCGCCGAGCUGAGGAAACUCAUCCCCACCCAUCCACCCGAGAAGAAGCUCAGCAAGAACGAGAUCCUACGCCUGGCCAUGCGCUACAUCAACUUUCUGGUGACUCUGCUGGAGAAGCAGGGCGGAGAACCAUCGGCACAGUCGCAGGUCGCGCUCCUGUCGCUGCUGGCGGGGAACAUGCAGAGCCUGCGCACCGAACGCAGCUGGACCAGUGACACCGACCCGCCUUCGCCCGGGUCCAGCUGUGACAGCUCUGAAGCGUGGUAGAGCUCAAAAUCAGGAGGUGUGGAUUGAAUGAUUGUGACUUUAAACUCUCAUGGAGAUGGAUUUCGUUUAUUCACAAUAACUCACAGUUGAUCUGUGAAAGCUAAGAACUGAUAUAAGGUUGGCAUUAUUUAAAAAUUGCAUAAUUUUUUAAGUGAUCCGAUGAAGAACAAUAUAUGCAUGAUCAUGGAUGCACUUUAAGAGCAUCUCCCCUUUAAUGUUUAUUUAUAUAAUUUAUUUAUUUUUUUUGUCUGAAUGAACCCUUAAGAAUCUACAGCCUCCACAGAUCUGAAACUUGGAUAUGUUUGUAUUUAUUUUUAUUUAAUAUUUAUACUGUAAAUGGAGUGCAUUGUGCUUAUUGUAAAACGCUCUUAUUUAAACGACUCUGCAUUCCACAACGCAAAAUAUCUUUUGCCAAAGAUUAUUUUUUUGUGCAUCAUUAAUCAUAAUAGUAGAAUAGUUUUUUGUGUUAAGCAAUUAAUUGAAAAUGUUUAUAUAUUGUAUUUAUUUAUUAGUGUUUUUGAUAUUAAAAUGCUUUGAAAACCCAUUCAGACCUUCUGCAAAUUUUCUUGACUAUUUCUGUCAUGUUUGCAUGUGUCAAUCUCCCCCGAGCGCUCUGAUUGGCUGUUUUGGUGUGGUCAGGCGCUGUUCAAGAGCUGCGUGACCAUAGUGAUGACCUCUGUAAGUGUCCAAACCACAUGAGAGCGGGGAUUGUAAACACAGCUUAACUUUUGGUCUGAUGGCAGAGGUCAUCUUGGAGUCAAAAUCCACACUCGCCAAUGACCAAUGAGGCGCACAAAGAUCAAGUGUGUAUGUUUAAACUUUAAUGUAAAGAAAUUUCUCAUUUUAAAUCCAAUUUUGGUUAAUCAUUGAUAUCAUAAUUGACAUUUAGAGGUGGACAAUAGGAGACU